UGUUCUCUGGCGGAAGUGCGCUCUAGGCUUUUUUAGUAUGGACGCGUUCACUUGAUGGUCACGCGUUGUAGAAUUGUAUUCCGCGCGAGCGUCAUGCCAUUGAAAAUGAAUGCGGAUUGAAGAGUUGCGCGGGGAGAGCGUUUGUUUUGCGUUGUAGACGUGAGACGAAUAUGGGCAGUUGAAACUCGGGGAACGAAAGGUUGAAUGGUUACUUUAUACCCCUCGCCAAAGUGUUACUGUAACCGGAUUGAGGGAAGUUAAAGGGGCUUUUCAGCCUCACUACAGUAACAGGAUCUUGAGGGGAGCUGCGCUGCGUGCUAAUGAGCUACACGGGACAUACUUUGAAUUAUUUAAUUGCGGCUCGCGCAAGCGCGUAUUGAGUAUAACGACGCGCAGAUGGUAGACUAAAGCGCGUUCAUGGAAAACGGACACAUUUGCGCUUGGGAAGGUAAAAACUGACACCGUAUCGAGCGCGUUUGGCCCCUCUCGUCAUGCGACGGUGGGGGAGGAUCGGAGCAGGGACCUCGCGGCGGAUUUCAUGUUUCGCAACAAUGUUAAUGCCCCAUAGCAAGGGAUUAUAAGGCCUCAAAAUGACAAUUGGUUUCCAAACGCGCACUCGAGAAGUUGCGUAAAGAGUUUGUUCAGCGAAUAUCUAUCGAUAAUAACCAAAGUAGAGCGCCCAAUUCGAUCUAAACUCAUUAAACGGCCAUGUGUAUAUAUCAAGUAGCUAUCGUUGAUUGCAGCAUGCCAAGUCUAUGAUCUGCAUCAUUUGCUCGAAUUGAUCAGGGAACCAUUUCGGAAGCUUUUGUGUAUCUUAACGCGUCUUUAUGUGUGAAGUUAUUUUGUGGUCCUCUGCGCAAAUGGCGUCUUUCCCAGACUCCGACCUGCAAACAUGUCCGCUGUGCAAGGAGCUGUGCGGCUGCUCUGCUCCGAUCUCCUCCAAUUCAUCUACCUCCUCCUCGUCCUCCCAGACCUCCAGCUCCUCAUCUACCUCAUCCACCAGGAGGCUGCACGUCUUGCCCUGUUUGCACGCCUUCUGCAGGCAAUGCCUGGAGGGCCACAGGAGCCCAGGUGACCCUCUGAAGCUCAGAUGCCCCACAUGCGACCAAAAAGUGUCUCUGUCGGAAUCAGGCGUGGACGCGCUGCCUUCCUCCAACUUUCUCUUCAGCAACUUGCUGGAUGUGGUGGUCUCUGCUGAGGAACAGGGCAAGAACGGUCGGCCUUCAUCGGUGGUCCAUCACGGUGGUCUUCUGAGACCCCAGCACCUCUCAGACCCUCAGUGCAGCUCUUGUGAUGAGGGCAACCCCGCUACCUCCCACUGCCUGGACUGCCAGGAGUACCUGUGCGAUAACUGCGUCAGGGCCCAUCAGAGGGUUCGACUCACCAAAGACCACUUCAUCGAGAGUUUACACCUGGCCAACCGCACCAACAACUCCAACACCCCGAUCAACAUCUCCCAGUCCUUCCAUAACAGCUUCUCCAUGCUGAAUGUGUUCCAGGAGAGGAUGGACUUCUGCCAGCAGCACGAUGACGCGGUGCUGCGUUUUUUCUGCGACAGCUGCGGAGUGCCGAUUUGUAGAGAGUGCAGCUUGGGCAGACAUGCGGGUCACAGUUACACCUACCUGCAGGAAGCACUGCAGGACUCCAGAGCGCUGACCAUCCAGCUGCUCGCAGACGCACAGCAGGGCAGACAGGCUGUACAGCUGAGCAUCGAGAAAGCACAGGCCAUUGCUGAACAGGUAGAGCUGAAGGCUAAGGUUGUUCAGUCAGAAGUAAAAACCAUCACUCUUCGUCAUAAAAAAGCUCUGGAGGAACGCGAGUGUGAGCUGCUCUGGAAGGUGGAGAAGAUUCGCCAGGUGAAGGCAAAAUCACUUUACCUGCAGGUCGAGAAACUACACCAAAAUCUCACCAAGCUGGAUAGUACGAUCUCCACAGUGACGCAGGUUCUAGAAGAGGGUCGUAGCAUAGAUGUCCUGCUAGCGCGAGAGCACAUGCUAAACCAGCUACAGGAGCUUAAAUCCCUCCGCUGCAUCCUACAGCCCCAAGAAGAUGAUCGCAUCAUGUUUACCCCUCCAGACCAGGCUCUUUUGAUUGCCAUCAAGUCCAUGGGCCUCAUCAGCAGUGGAGCCUUCGCCACAGCUUCCAAAGCUCAUGGUGAAGGCCUCAAGAGAGCGCUGCAAGGAAAGCUAGCUUCCUUUACCGUCGUAGGGUAUGAUCAUGAUGGUGAGCCUCGGUUGUCCGGUGGUGACAGCGUCUCGGUUGUGCUUAUGAGUCAGGAUGGUCAUCUGUCCAGCGCAGAUGUUUCAGACCACCAAGAUGGAACAUACACAGUCAGCUAUCUGCCCAAGAGCGAGGGGGAGCAUUUGCUCUCUGUGCUUAUAUGCAAUCAGCACAUUGAGGGAAGUCCUUUCAAAGUGAUGGUCAAAUCUGGUCGCAGUUACGGCGGUGUAGGACUGCCCAUUGCAUCUUUCGGAGGAGAGGGCGAUGGGGACGGGCAGCUGUGUCGACCUUGGGGCAUCUGCGUGGAUAAGGAGGGCUAUGUGGUGGUUGCUGACCGAAGCAACAACCGUGUGCAGAUCUUCAAGCCUUGUGGCACAUUCCACCACAAGUUUGGCACUUUGGGGUCACGACCAGGCCAGUUUGACCGCCCUGCUGGGGUCGCCUGUGACAGCCAGAGAAGAAUCAUUGUGGCAGAUAAGGACAAUCACCGCAUCCAGAUCUUCACCUUUGAGGGUCAGUUUCUCCUCAAGUUUGGUGAGAAGGGAACCAAAAAUGGACAGUUCAACUAUCCAUGGGAUGUGGCCGUCAACUCUGAAGGCAAGAUCCUGGUUUCUGAUACACGCAACCACCGCGUGCAACUCUUUGGACCAGAUGGGACUUUCCUCAACAAAUACGGAUUCGAAGGUGCCCUCUGGAAACAUUUUGAUUCGCCUCGUGGUGUGGCCUUCAAUCAGGAAGGCCACCUCGUUGUCACUGACUUCAACAAUCAUCGGCUGCUUGUCAUCAGGCCCGACUGCCAGUCAGCACGCUUCCUGGGGUCCGAGGGAACCGGAAAUGGCCAGUUCUUGCGGCCGCAAGGUGUAGCUGUGGACCAAGAGGAUCGCAUUAUCGUGGCAGACUCCCGCAACCAUCGCAUUCAGGUGUUCGAACCCAACGGCAACUUUUUAUGCAAGUUUGGGACACACGGUAACGGCUUUGGGCAAAUGGAUCGCCCCUCUGGUAUAGCGGUUACUCCAGAUGGAAUGAUCGUGGCUGUGGACUUUGGAAACAACCGAAUCCUCAUGUUCUGACCUUUUAAGGUUUGAAAUACCAAACUGUAAGCAUGGACAAAUGGAAAAGGAGAUUUUGCACAUCUGUCUGUCAGGAGCAAACGCGGUUUGAUUUAGCGAGGUGACGAGCUGUAGGGACUUUAUAGUUUUGUACGAUUCUCAGUAAUCGUGUAACUCCAAAUGCUUGCCGUUACAGCACACAGUUUUGGCUGCUGCAAUCGGAGAGUGUUUUACUCUUGGUAUGUGUCUUCAAAACUUUUUUUUUUUUCUCAGGGAAUUUCUUGCAUUCUUGAAAUAUUUUCUCUCUGUAUUACACCUACCUCAUCUAGCUUAUGUAUGAAUGUACUCGCGUUUGUGCAGAGACCUAGUCCGUGAAGUUUUAUAAAGAAACGUCUACCUCAGUGUUUUUUUUUUUGUGUGUAAAAUGUGAGAAAAAAAAAAAAAGAAACAAAAUGAAGCAAUGUUUGGGUAUUUGCAGUUCGCACAAUUUUUUCCUGAUUGUUACUGUGCACAGAACGCAAGUUAUAUCCCUGAAUGUUUCUCGUAAUGAUUGAUAAAAAUAAAGCUGCAUGUUUUGGCAGAAACAUUAGGAUAAGGUUUUGAUAUAUCUACUGCUAUGUUUUUUUUUUUUUUGAAUUUUGUGUACAUUUUAAAUCAGGCUUAAUCUUUUUCUCGUACCUCAUCUAAACCUUAUA